AUGAGUAGUUUGGCAAAGUCAAGUUUUUACAGUCCGCCUGAUGAGUCGCAGCUCGAGUUCAUUCCCAGCGAUUUCGAGUCUAUUAACGUUGGUGAUGUUGAUGUGGGUACACGUUCAUCAUGGGCUUCAAGUCAGAAAAGAGGGUCACAUGCCCAAAACUUAGAAAACAAUAGCUAUGGGAAGCCAGCAUAUCCUGGUAAUCUAGAGGAAAUGAGUAGUAAUAGAUCAGCUAGUCAAUUCAGUGAGCAUUCGGAUGUAUACACUCUGUCUAGAAUGUCAAGUGCAACCUCACGGUCAAGUUUGGUGCAAAGCGUAAGAUAUAGAAUUGUUCUAAAGCUAAAUCCAAGGGAAAGGAAUUUGAUUAGGGAUUCUUGGGCAAUGAUUUUGAACGAUGAUUCUACAAAUAAUAUUGCGGCAUAUUCAAAAAUUAAGCAGACUCAAAAUAAGGCGUUGAUGAAACCUCCACUGAACAUGAGCGUAAAUAGCCCACAAAAGAUGGGUAGAUUUACUGCACAUUCAAGACAAGGUUCUUUGAACAGUAAUCAUGUGGUGGAGCCAAUGACUGGUGUCAGAUCGAAUGCAUUUACUAGUUCGUUAUUUUGUUCACAAUUCUACGCAAAUCUAUUGUCGAUGGAACCAUCUUUAGAACAAAUGUUCCCUUCCACAAAGCAUCAGGCUGUUGCGUUUGCAGGUGUGCUAACGGCUGCCAUUAGCAAUUUGGAGAAUUUGCAAGUGUUGGAAACUUUUCUCAAUGGGUUGGGUAAAAGACACUCCAGAAUUCUUGGUAUUGAGCCACCUCAUUUUGAACUAAUGGGUGUUGCAUUUUUGAGAACUCUACAGGAUAGAUUCGGUGUUCAUUGUACCGUUGAACUGGAAGAUGCAUGGUCGAAAUUAUAUUCCUAUUUGGCUAAUAGUAUCCUGCAAUUCGGUAUAGAUCCCAUUUUACAUGUGCGGCUGGACGAAGAUGCCUUGGAAUUACCGAUUCCGAAUCUAGUCGAGCAUACACCGAAGACGGUCAUCGGUUUCAAAAAAGGAGGUCAAUUCGAUCAACGUUCGUUAGGCAGUGGUAGCAUGUUAAGUGCUAAGGACGAACUUGAAACUGCUUCUCACAAUUCACAAUUCGAAGAUUUACCAACAGAAAACCCAUCUAUACAUGAGUCUUUACCAACUCCAAUAAAGAACCACAAUUACAACCCAGCACCCGCUCCAUUUUGGGGGAACAGCUUUGCGACUACAGCCGCAUCAUCUCCUACAAAAAAACCUACAUUGUCCCCUGGCAAGAAGGCUCCUCAGAAAAAACCCGAGGCGAGAAGGAGUUUUGCCAAACCAAUGGGUUCUGCUUCUAAUAAGGACUGUGUAAUAAUGUAA